GAGCAAACAAAAAAAAAAUGGAGUCCACCAUUUCUCCAUCUUCUUCUCGCUCAGUCUCGCCGUCAUCUUCAUCUUCUCCUAACUCUCCACUGGUGGUCAGCCCUUGCGCCGCCUGUAAGAUAUUACGGCGGCGAUGUGCUGAGAAAUGUGUGUUGGCACCUUAUUUUCCUCCUAAUGAUCCUAUCAAGUUCACUACUGCUCAUCGUGUCUUUGGUGCUAGUAAUAUUAUUAAGUUUUUGCAGGAAUUGCCAGAAUCUCAAAGAGCAGAUGCUGUGAGCAGCAUGGUGUAUGAAGCAAAUGCUAGACUUAGGGAUCCUGUAUAUGGUUGUGCAGGGGCAAUUUGCCAAUUACAAAAGCAAGUGAAUGAACUCCAAGCACAAUUAGCAAAGGCACAAGCUGAGGUUGUCAACAUGCAAUGCCAACAAGCUAAUCUCAUGGCACUAAUUUGCAUGGAAAUGGACCAAUCUCCACAAGCAUCACCACCUCAACAAUAUAAUUUGGACAAUAAUUUCACUAAUAUCCCAAUGAGCUUCGUAGAUGAUAACAAUAACUUUGGAUCAGCGUGGGAGCCCCUAUGGACAUGACGAUUAAAGAUAAAAGCGCUCUCUAUCAACAAAUUCGUCAAUUCUAACUCAGUUCCUAGGUAAUUAGUAAAAUAGUAAAAAGAAUAAAAUUUAUGUAAUAUUGUAUCUCAGUGAAAGGAAACUGAAGUGUAAAAUAGAUUGAGCCAAAUCUUUAAAGAUUUGUGUCAAUGUCUAGUCAGGUAAUUUUCUUCUUCUUUUUUUUUUUCUUCUUUUUUUUUCUUUUUGCUUUUUGUAAUGUGAUUGUGAUAGCGCACAUGAAAGUGACUGGUCAUCCCGCCAUGUUAUAUUUGUAAUGCUAAUUUAUAAGAAAAAAUGGAUGGUAUUCUUCUA